ACAAGAGAAUUGCUGGAGAUGCAUUCCUCAAUCCUCUUCCUGAUUGUGCCCUUGAUUUUCACACUGCCUGCUGUCAGUGGCAGCAAGGUCCUGGUGUUCCCAAUGGAUGGCAGCCACUGGGUAAACAUGAGAGUCUUGAUUGAAGAGCUACAUUCAAGAGGCCACAACGUUUCUGUGGUGCGAGCAUCAGACAGCUGGUACAUCAAGGAGACGUCCCCUCACUACACCUCAAUCACAAUCAAUGGCACAGGGGGAACUGAUGAAGAAUUUCUAAUCUCAUUUGUGUCAAGAUUGCUGCAGAUACAACGACAAGGCAGAUCUAUUUGGACACGUUUUGAACUAGAAAUGGAGUUAAUGGAGAAAGCAAUUGAGAUGCAAGUAAAGGAAUGUGAAAUGGUGAUCCGAAUCUUUGAAGAUCAGAGGCUGAUGGAGUCUCUGCGCAUUGCUCAGUAUGAUAUGGUUCUGACUGACCCUGUUGCAGCUGGUGGGGUUAUUUUAGCUCAUUACUUUGGUCUACCCCUCGUUUUCAAUGUGCGAUGGACUGCAAUGGGUGAAGGACACUUUGCAAUUGCCCCCUCACCAUUGUCUUAUGUUCCUAUUCCAGGACAGGAGCUAACGGACACAAUGAGUUUUUUCCAGAGAAUGCAGAACGUGUUAACUCACUGUAUUUCAUGGAUUCAGUGGGAAAUGUACUUUGGUCCUCAUUACAAUUCUUUGUCUCAUCGCUAUUUUGGCUCAGAGGUAGACUUCUUUCAACUUGUUCAGGCAGCAGAUAUGUGGCUCAUGAGGGUAGAUUUUGUCUUUGAGUUCCCGCGCCCCACUAUGCCUAAUGUUAUCUAUAUGGGGGGUUUCCAAUCCAAGCCUGCUAAGCCCCUCCCAGUGGACCUGGAGGAGUUUGUUCAGAGCUCAGGAGAGCAUGGUUUCAUUAUUAUGUCCUUGGGAACAUUAUUUGGUAAGCUUCCUCAUGAUUUGGCUGAUGAAAUAGCCGCUGCUUUCGCCCAGUUGCCUCAGAAGGUGAUUUGGAGACACACAGGGGACAGGCCAGCUACUCUGGGCAACAACACUCGACUGGUCACCUGGAUGCCACAAAAUGACCUCCUGGGUCAUCCUAAAAUCAGAGCCUUUGUUGCUCACGGGGGAACCAAUGGAGUUCUCGAGGCCAUGUAUCAUGGCGUUCCUAUAGUUGGCCUCCCACUUAUUUUUGACCAGCCCGACAACCUCAAUAGAAUGAGAGUAAAAGGGGCAGCAAAGAUAGUGGAUAUCGUGACGUUAGACAGGAACAUCUUCCUCCAGGCCUUACAGGAAGUGCUCCAGGAGCCCUCCUACAGGAUGAACAUGCAGAGGCUUUCCAGGCUGCACCACGACCAGCCAAUGAAGCCACUGGACCUUGCCCUCUUCUGGAUUGAGUUUGUCAUGCGACACAAAGGUGCUGGUCACCUGCGCACAGAGUCCUACAGGAUGCCCUGGUAUGUCUACCACUCAGUGGAUGUCAUAGGAACCUUGCUAGCUGCUAUGUUGUUCAUCUUACUGAUUCUAAUUUUUCUUGUCAGGUAUCUGUGCUGUAGGGUGUGCUCGAGCAGAAAAAUGAAACCUGAAUAA